GGUCAUUUUGCGAGGUCAUGGCGCUGGACCUGGAGCUGCGUCGGGCGCUCGCCGAGAUCAACAAGGAGCUCGACGGCCCGCCGCCGCCACCGACCGCCGCGCCACGCACCAUCGUUCAGGCUUCGGCGCUGCUCGCCAAGGUGCAGCAAUGGACAUCGCUCGGGAACGUGCCCGAGGACCAGCUGCGCCUCACCGAGCUCUUGCCGUGCAUCGCCGAGGUCGCGCUCAAGCAGAGCGAGAUGGGCACGGCCGAGGCUUGCAUCGAGUGGUAUCUCACCCUCGCGUAUCCCAAGGACCAGUUUUACUGCCGGGCACUCUUGGUGCGGGCAACGUACCUCGGCGCCAAGGCUCGCGCGCUCACCGGGCAGAGCUGCGUCGGACAGGUCCAGUAUGCCAUCCACUGGAUCCUCGUUGCGCUCAAGCUCGCGCUCGAGCCGAGCAGCCGCCCACACUACGAUUUUUUGGUCUACAAUGCCAGUGUCGCGUACUGGCACGUGGCCCGCCCGCUCUUGCGGCCGCGCACGAGCAAGCACCUCAUCGAGUCGCUCGCCGCGCUUCUCGACGGCCUCAAGAGCAUCAACGACGCCAACAAAGCGUGGCUCAUUCGGUUUGAACUCACGCUCGCAGCGGCGUACGACGACGACAACCAGCUCGCGAAGGCCGGCAAGGUCGCGCUCGAAGCCUGCGAGCACGCGUUAGCACUCGUGCAGCUCUCCAAGAACGCACCGGCCAACGUCCUCUUGUUUGAAGAGGCGUGCUUUUUGCAAAUCCACCUCGGGCGCCACAAGGACCCCGAGUGCGCCAAAGGGUUAGCGGCCGCCAAGAAGAACAUGGUGACACGCCGGGCACAGACGCUCUAUGCGAUCCAAGCCAUCAAGAGCAAGAUCGUAUUGCCCGAAGCACUGCCCGCCGCGUUUGCAGAGCUCUUUGAACUCGUGACCAAAGCCAAACUCGAGACCUUUCUGCACAAACCGCUCGACACGUUUCCUGCGCUUCCCGAAGGCAGCGUCGACUGGGACAACCUCGUUGAAGUCGGGCUCCUCGGUGUCUUUCAGCACCAGCUCGAGGUCGUCCGCAUCGUCGAGGGCCUCGUGCAUGAGAACAAGCGCGUCUCGGCCCGCGCGCGCAUCCUCGUCGAUGUGCUGCGUUGUUUCGUGCACCUGCUCGAGAAGGCGGACGCGGCCAACUUGGACGCCCGGCAGCGCGAGGCCGCGCGCUUGAGCCACCACGUCGAAGGCGUCAAGCUCCUUGAGCGCUCGCUCACAGCCGCCAAGCGCGUGGGGGAUGCGCACCUCAUGCAGGACAUUUGCAUCUACGCGUGGAACGUCGCGCUGCCGCUGCUAGAGCCGCACUUACGCAAGCACGUCCACCGGCUCUUCACGGCGACCACGUCGCUGUUAGAAGAGCUCGACUCGCCGCUGGUGACGCUCCGUGCGCAAAUGCACUUGGAGACCGCGAAAUGCGAGAUGAAGUGCGACUACCUCGCCAAAGCGUCCGUGCACGUCAACAAGGCGCUACUCCUCGACUAUGGCGAAGCGGCGACGAGCGAUGAGAGCGCGAACCAUACUAGCACCAAGCCCAAGACGCCGAGUGCGACGAGUGCCGAGCGCGCAGUCCGGCCGUUUGAUAAAUUUCUGCUCCCGAUGAAGCGCGUGCUGGACCUCAAGUCGAAUCUCUAUGGCGAGCCAGACGCGGUCGAAGACCAAGCGCUCAUCUACGUCGAGCAGUCCAAGGAGUCGCACGACAAGCACAUGAAGCUCACGUGGCUCAACAAAGCCGUGACGCUCUUGGAUGCGUCGGCGCCCGAGUCGCCGCUGACCCUCGAGAAGGACGUUCUCAAGAAGCGAUUUGCGCUCUGGUACGACAUUGCGACCCUCGCGUGGGACGUCAAGGCCAUCGAGACCACGCGACGCGGCGCGAGCCGGGCCCACAAAUAUGUGUUUUCGCUUGUCGACUUGGAAGCUGUUCAGCAAGCGAGUUUGCACUUCGUGCUCGCCGAGACAUAUACGCUCGAAAUGCAAAAGCUCAAGCAGGAGAGCCCGAGCUUGGACGGACGGCUUGGGCUGCUUGUCAAGGCGGGCGACGCACCCGACGACGUCCUCAGUGCAUGGAACGACUGCAAGCGGCACGUCGUUGACGAGAUUCUCAAGGGUAUGCAGCGUGGGCUCGACACAAAAGCUACACAUGUGAUCCAUAACGCGGCCACGUACCUGUGGAACUACCACUACGGCCUCUUUGGCCCAUCCCCACUCGACCUCGACCUCGUCCUGCCCGAACUUGUCACGGCCAUGGAGAAGGCGUUCCAUGCGCUCUUGAGUUUGGACGGCGUUGCGUACCAUUUGCCGCUCUUGGCGAGCGUUGCCCAAGGGCUCACGCGUCUCUACGACGGCAAGUUCAACGAGAUCGAGGCAACUGUGGACGCCGUCCUCAAGAUUCCCGGGCUCGCAAUUCUGCAGCGCAAGGCGCUCACUGAGAUCAAGACGCGCGUUCAGCUCGACCGCGGCGCCAAGGAGCCGAUCGUGGGCGAGAACGUGCCGAUGAAGGUCGUGAGCUGCCUCACGCUCCUCGACGCACUGCAGAACGAUCUGCGCAGUGACGAAGCGGAUGUCAAAGUGGUAAUGGACAAGACCCUUGCGCUCUUCCAGAAGGCGACCAGUCUCUGGACGCCGUUUGCGGUCGACCACUUGGCCGCGAAGGAGACGUGUCUCGAGCUCGACCAGCAAAAGCGCGAGUUCCACGCUGAAGUGUGGGUGCGCCUCGCCAAGACCGCCGUCGUUCUCGAGCGCUCGCACGAAGCGCAAAAGUUUUGUGAGCUCGCGUUAGCUCCGUUGGCGGCUAGUGACAUUCCGCCUGGACUGCUCCUUCCCGCCAUCUGGCGCUGGUACGCGCUGGCGCAGACCGUGUGGGCGACAGCGAUAUUGGAUCUUGCGAGCGGCACCGAGACGCAAGAGCGCGACAUCAAGCACGAACUCGCGCUCUUUGCGGUGCAGCAUUUGCUUCUCGGCGCCGAGUUUGGGGUGCGUGCGGGGAACCCCCGCCUCGUCGAGCGCGCGGCCAUGGUGAUGUGGAACGGCGUGCUCGACAUUCUGGAUGCGAACGGCUCACCGAACCCGUCUUUUCGGCGCAAGCUCUUGCCCGACUUGCAGCGCAUGCUCGCGCACUUGGAGGCGGCCGGCGCAGCGUCCGACUGGGGCUUCCGCCUCGAGUUUAUCUGCGCGCUCCUCGAUGUGUACGAAGAGCUGCAUCUCUGGGAGCCUGGUCUCGACGCUGUCGAAGCCGCGUUUGCAUCGAUUCCAGCCUACUACCAGCGCCCGCUGUGGCAGUACCGCGUCAUCUUUAUGAGCAAACUGGGCAAGUCGGUGCAAGACGGCUUUGCAAAAAUGAAGGACAACGACGUCUUGCUCCAGGCGCGCGUCGCCAAGCGCGUCGCAGCGUCCUCGACCGACGCGGCCGCGCAGUACAAGGCGCUCUUCCGCACCGUCAAAGACCUCGGUGGCAUGCCGGAGCAAGCGCAAUUCCAGCUCGAGAUUGCCGAGUGGUUGUACACCAACCAGUUUCCCCUUGACGACGUCCACGACCAGAUCCACACGGCAUUAGGCCUGGUCUUGUCGCUCAUCUGGAAGGACGCUCUGCCGACGAACGAGAAGGGCGCGACCAAGCGCGCCAAAGCCAAAAAGAAGAAGGACGACUCGGUCGUUGCGCAGUGGUGGCACCUCGACAUUGCAUUGCGCGGCUACGUGAUGUUGGCGACCGCCGCGCACUCGUUCGCCGAGCGUCUCGAGUACAUUCUUGCGGGUCUUGGGCACGUACUCAAGAUCUGGCACGUGCUGUUCGAGGAGCUUCAUUUGCUCGAGCUCCAAGCGGCCUUUGAGAGCUACUCGCAGCAGCAAACCGGCGAAAAAAUCGAGUCGGACUUUGACGUGUGGAGAGGCCAGUCGGGCGUUGCGCCGUCGUUUACACUGCCGACGUCUGCGACCGAGUGGGCCAAGCUUGACACGACCCCGCACUUGGCGAGACUCUGCGGUGAGACGCCGGCGGCAAAGCUCUCUGCGCUGACACUGCACCCCGAAAACGUGACGCAACCGACGCUGACGUUGCACUACCUUCUCCAGCUCAUCGAACUGGCAGUGAGCCAGUGCCUCCACACCCACGUGCUCCCGUGUUUGCACUUGGCGCAUGCGAUCGCACAUGGCACCAAGUCGUCGGCGUCGUCGACCCUCGGGGACCUAACGCUGCUUCCGAUUUUACUGGAUCUUCGGCUUGCCUCCGUGCUGGAAGCUAUGGCCUUUAUCGAGCCGAGCCAGGUCUAUCUCAAGCGCGCGAUCGAGGCGCUUCGGGGGCAGCAAGGCGUCCCGACUUCGGACAAGGCGCUCGCCCACAGCACCGCGUCCGACCUCCUCCGGCGACGCAAGCUGCUGUUUUCAAAGUACAAUGUCGUGGAUCUGGGCCUCGAAAUGGUUGAGCUUUUGCUCGCGAGCGGCUUUCACUUGCAAGUCAAGCAGCUCUUGGCGGCGCUACCAGCCAACGACGAGCCGAGCGGAGCGGCGUGGGCCGACUAUUGCGCUGGCCAGCUCCACGCGCGGGAAGGCGACCUCGCGAUGGCCUUGCGCCAUUUAACGAGUGCCGUCGGGACGCCCAACCUCGACGUGCAAGCUUAUACCAAGUACGUGCUAGCCCUUGCGUCGCUCUACUCCAAGAUGAAGCGCAUCAAAGAUGCUAAAGAUGUUGUUGCGGCCGGCCGGCACGCCGUGAGCCAGCUGCAGUUGAUCCCACUCUCGCCCGUCGCACGCGCGGUCGUGGGCGACGACAAGGCGCAUCUGAUGGACCUCGACUCGAUCACGUGCCUUUCUCAGCUGGAGGCCAUGUACGCCACCGUGCUCGUCCAGGAAAGCCAGAGUCUGCUGGCGACCGGCGGUGAGUGGCAGCCGAUCUGGGCCGAAGCGACGCGGCUCUUCAGUGAGAGCUGCAGCCGGCUCUUGCCACUCGGAGGCAACGUCGUCAUGGCCGACACUCUUCAGGCAUACGGUGUCCUCUUGCACGACCGCAGUAUGACGUGGAACCCGAUCGAUACCGACGUGAAUCUCUUGGACGACGCUCGAUCGCAGCUGCUCAGUGCACACGCGUACAUCGAGUCGCUCUGGGCGCUGGCGUCGCACGAGCCCGUGCUGCAAACGCGGUUGGCGCAGAUCAAGUACGAGCUCGGGUGCGUCGAUGUGGCCGCCAGUAUGGUUCAAGACGAGACGCGCAUGGUCGUCUACCAGGUCGAGAGCGAUGCGAAGAAGAACCUCGUGGAACUUUGGCUCGCGCACACAGCACCCAAGACGCCCAAGACACCAGAAGAAAUGUGUGUGCCGCCGGCGCAAAAAGCGCUCUUGUACUUCUCUACGAGUCUCCAGCUGGAUCCGACGCAUUGGCUGUCGGCAGCCGGCGUCGGCCAGUGCCUUCGCCUGCACCUCCCACCGACGUACGAAGCAUGGGUCUAUGGCCAGGACACGCUGCGAAAGCAAGGGAUUGCAUGCAGCACGGGCACAACCUCGUUGGCGACCGAGGCAAAGGUCGACGACGUUGCGCGGUACCUCACACAGCUGCUGGCGUCGGCCGUGAAAGCGCAGCAUCGCCGCGCCAUCAAACACACAUGCUACGAGCUCCUGCAGGUGUAUGGCUGCCAGCAACCGCUCCUCGCGGCCAAAUACUUGCUCUGGUUCCAAAGCUGCGUCGCGAGUGCGUAUGCCGAGUCGGUAUUCUACCAGGCAGCCGAGCCCACGAACCGCCCGUCGCUCUUCAUGCAGCGAACGCAGCAGCUACCCGCGACAAGCAUCCCCGGGCAGCUCGCCAAGCUCUUCCUCGAGUCGCAGUCGGAGACGUGGCGUCGCCUCCAAGUCACUGCCGACAUUGAUGCUGUCCUCGCGAGCCUGCCGCCCAACUACAUGCUACUGAGUCUCCAACUCUCGCUCGACGGCAAGUACCUCUUUGGCAGCCUCACCGGUGGGGCUGCGACGCCGGUUGUCGCACGCAUGGAGCUCCACCGACCGCGGCGUCUGGCCUUGCGCGAGCUAUUAGCCAAGCUCCGAGCCAUGCGCGUGGGUAGUGUCAAGCAGCUUUUGCAGUACAGCGACUUGCCGUACGGUGAGUCGGACGAAUUUGAGUAUGCGACCAACGACGGCCACGACGACCCGUUCGAAGCGACGUUCCAGUCGCUGGUGGAGGAAGCCCGGACGCUCUUUGGCUCGUUCUUGCACUGCUUCACCGAGAGCUUUCCGCCAAAGACCAAGGACGACAUGCUCACGCUGCUUCUCGUGGACCCGUCGCUCGAGCUUGUUCCGUUCGAGGCGCUGCUGGAAGGCGGCGACGCGCGCGACCUCUCCGUGCACCUCCUCGCGCAGCGCUACGCAAGCAUGAAGGCGCUACCGUUCAAGCGCGACGACCUCUUCUUCAUCGCGGACCCUCGCCACGACGACCCCGCAGAGUCGCCGCUUACAUCGAUUGCACCGACUGUGCACGCGAUCAAGACGAUCCCGAGCUUCCAGUGGCGCGGGCUCACGGGCCAAAAGUGCGUGCCGAGCGUCGGCGAGUGGCAGGUGGCGCUCACGGGGCGCCAUGGCGGCGGCCUCCUCUACUACGGCCCAAACCGGACGCUCGCGCACUUUAGCCCAUCGCACCUCGCGGGCCUGAACGCGACCAAGUGCAAUCUCGUGUGGGGCGCAAGCCGCAUGGAGAACUACGCGAGCUACCGCCGGCAGAGCAAGAGCGAUACGCACAAGUCGAAGGAGAUGCUGAGCCUCGAAGACAGCUUCAACAGUGUCGUGCUCUUCUCGCUCGCCGGCGUCAACAGCGUCGUGUGCAACCAGUGGGCGUCGUCAUUUCUCGCCAACCACCGCAGCGUCACGACGACGCUCGGGCUCAUGGCCAAGAACGUACCGCUCGCCAAAGCGAUUCGCCGCGUCGGUGACACGUGGUAUCUUGCCCACGCGCCCAAGUCGCAGGCCCGGAGCACCGUCAAGAGCGUGCCAUUGAAAGGCCGUGUGCUCUACAACCCGAUCGUCUACGGCCUCCCGACGCUGUAGCUGCCGAAUAUAAAGUGUAAAAGGUUGAAAGAUAUGAAAUGGUGCGUAUGCAA